AUGAAAAGCCCCGGUGGUCUGAGAAGGCGGAAGAUUUUUUCUUUUUGGCGGCAGGGCAUGCUGCCAUCAUUUGGUAGUAUGACCGGAUGUGCCCUGCGUGGUGACAACAGGGUCUGGAUGGUGGUGUUGAAGCUUGGACUUCUCAUGUGUUGUGUGUCCGCGGCUCAAGUACGCAUGGGCAAGCGAAAACCGCACAUCAAGAGAGGUCCAUCCAACGUCAACUGGGGGAAAACAGAACCGAAAAGAAACCAGGAACAGGGAAAUGCUAGUUUCAUGGGCGCACGGCCAUUUGGCGGCGGCCCAUGA